UACUGUUUACUUUUCAACCGGGAUCGUCCCAGAGAACGAUUUGAAAUUAAAUCUGGCAAUCAAAAUUCGAUUCCAACUAUGGACCCGGACUCUGCGUACGAAAAAUACUACCCCGAGCAGGAGGACGUGAUCGACUGGACGCGCGAGGCCACCGGCGUAAUCGGGGACAUUGUCCGGCACGUCGCCGUGGCCCAAAUCUCUACCGUUUUGAAGCCCACCGAGUCGGAGUCGUUCAUCAACUUGCGCACGCUGGACGGGACGGAACUGUGCGUAAAGCUAAACUGCGAGGGUCUGCAGAUUGUGGGUGACCGGUUCGACAGUGUCACGCUGGAGGAUGACGAGGUGCGUUAUGAGACGCCCUACUCGCUGCUUUCGGCCGUGAGUCCGGCUUACGUGGAGUCUUUUGGGAGCUGUUUGGCCGACGCCUUGAGCCGGGAGUUGCAGGAACGGCUGGUUGGCAAUGGCGCGAUGGUUGAGGGUUCUGAGGAGGUCGGUGAAGGGCUUGAGGGACCGGAUUGAAGUGGGGUGUGAUUCGGUAAGUUGGCUUUAAGUUAAUUUUUUAAGUUGUUUUAUUUAUUGAAUAAUGAUUUUAAAUUGCAAGGCAA